AUGGGACGACUUACCAGGAGGAUGCGCAUCAACAGGGGCGAUAGGAAGGCUGCGUUGAGCGGCGCCACGGGUGGAGCGGUCGUUGGUGGAGCCAGUGGCGCUGGCAUUGGCGCUGCCAUCGGCCUGGCCAUGAUCCCCAUCGCCCCCGUCUCUGUCCCCAUCGGCUUCGUGGUGGGAGGAUUGAUAGGAGGGGUGUGUGGCGCACCAUCGGGAGCGGCGGUGGCGGUGAAGCGCGGCCGCAACACGAAUGUCGAGGAGCUGAACGUGGCCGACGCCCGCCGCUACGGCGAUCACGACACCGGCGACAUGGUGCGCCUGCGCGAUGACGUCGAGCUGCCCGAGCAGGCCGAGGACCCGUCCACCUACGCCACGGCGCCCAUCAACCACAGCACCAAGCGGGUGAGCGACAUCGUACCGGAGGAGGAGGGCCAAUUCAACACGUGGUCGAGUCCGAUGGGUCUGUCGGCGCCGGCCACCACGCCCUCCUACGCCUACGAUACGUCGUCGGCGUCGAAGACCAGAACGAAGGCGACCACGACCACGACGAGCUAUGGCGACGACCAUGGCGCCAAUAGUACGUACGGCUACAACAAGGCCUACGCUGCCGAUGUCAACGAUGAAGACCCGGCCGAGCGUCUGAUGCGCAUGCGAACCGCGCCCAAGCCGACCUCGUCGUACGGCGAAGAGUCGAAUCGUGGCAGGCGCUCGAAGAGCUUCGACGACGAUGACGACAGCGAUGGCGAUAUCGAUUACGAGGGCGAGAAGGCGCUGGAGCGUCGGGGCAGCCGCAACCGCCGGGGCAACCUGGUGCAGGUGCUGCCGCCGGAGCCGGCCACGGACGUCCACCUGCGGCACUUCGACCCGCAGCAGGAGCUGAGCCGACGCUUCGACGACUGGGAGCGCAAGGACAACUACGAGCGCGAGCGGGAGAGGCGCGAGCGGGAAAGGAAGGAUGAGGAGUACGCACGUCAGCUUCAGCGGCAGUUCGACCGCGAGCAGCGCAGGACCAGGACGUCGACGUCGAGCAAGAAGACCGCCUCUACCACGACCGAUCCGGAGAAGACCCUCGACAGCCUGUGGAGGAGCGAGCCCUUCUAUUAG